AUGCUGAUGUUGGUCGUCGACAUACUUUUCAACGUGGCUGCUGUUCUCCUCUUCGGAAACAGUAUCGUGCUCCUCAUGAUGUACAUCCUUCAGGAUACGUUGAUACUGGUGGCUGUGAUCGUGCUGGUGAUCGCAUUCUCUUCGACGUUCGUCUUUCAAGCGGGUCUCAUCUUCUUACUUGUUCGUCGUUUCUCGUACGCUCUGGUUUCUGCGCUCUUCUACCUCGCUAUUUCCAUCGCCAUGCACUACAUUUCGAUGGACACUCGAUGGGAGACUCCGACAUCCUCUAUGUUCAGCACCAGUUACAUCCUUAUCCUGUACACUGCUCACAAAUUUUGUGCAGUCAUUUACUAUUCCACAUAUAAAAGAGCAGCUUUAUUACUAGCUGAUCCUAAAUACCAUGGAGAUUCGGAAUGGUUGAGAGCCAAGAUUAGGGAGAGCACAUGA